AUGUACCUGGCCCGGACUAUGCCGCCGCGUCCGGAGGUGGUGGAGGCCUUCAGGGAUUGGGAUAGCUGUCUGGAGGAUUGCUUUGAGCAGCUUUUCCCACCUGGCACUUGGGAGCAUGACCCGACCGGUCUAGGCGCGCGCGCAUGCAGCUGCAUCUCCCUGCCGCGCGUGAUAUUGCACAGUUGGGGGGUGGCGGGCGAGGAGGCGAUGUUUGCAGAGUACCUCACCACUUCGGCAGGGGCGGAGUUUCUUGACCCGUGGCGCGGGCAGCGGUUGUUGGCGGUAGAGGAGCUCCAGACACUGCGUCGCUCGGCUCGUGACGAUGCCACCCUGGCCCGUUUCACAUCCCUUCAGGGCCCGGGGGCUGGUGCAUGGGUUUCGGCGGUUCCGGCUCACUCAGAUCUCACAUUCACUGCGGCGGAGUGGGGCAUUGCUGCUGCUAUACGGCUCGGGCUCCCAAUUCAGCAGCUGCAGGUGGCGGGGAGGUGUGUUUGUGGCACAACAUAUGUUGACUCAGCAGACCCGCAUCAUGCCCUGAGAUGCAAGCACCAGCAUGGUCCAUCUCGGGUAUAUGAUGAGGUGAAGUUUGCGGUGGCGAAGAUCUCUAAGGCGUCUGGGGGGGUGGUGACAAUGGAGGAUAGUGUGGUGCUGCAGGGGAAGCGGGUUGAUGUGGCGGUGCGACGACCAAUGGCUGGAGAGGCUCACGCCCUGGAGAUCAGCGUCGCGGACCCGCUAUCGCUGUCUCCAUCUUUGCUAGGACAGCGCUCAUCGGGGGUGGCGUUGCAACGUGCGCAAGCCCGUGUCAUCCUGCUUCGAGCGGCGUCUUCUAUGGGGGGGAUUAACGUUGACUUGGUGGACCGGGAGUGGGACGAUGGCGAUGCGGAAGGCGGGGCUCUCUGGGUGGAGGCCCCGUACAUGGUGGAUUCGCUGUUGUGA